AACAGCUGCAAACAUCUGCUCAGAACAGCUGCACUCCAUCAGCUCCAGGAUGCACGUCUUGGCUCUCCUCUGGACUCUGGUCUUACUACUGAAAGAGGCACAAGCGUGGGGCUUCAGAAAUGGAAUAUUUCACAACUCAAUAUGGCUGGAACAAGCAGCUGGGGUUUACCAUCGUGAGUCACGAAAGGGGAGGUAUCAGCUGACGUACAGGGAGGCCAAGGCUGUCUGCCAAUACGAGGGCGGGAAGCUGGCCACCUAUGAGCAACUGGAGGCAGCGCGUCAAAUAGGUUUGCACGUGUGCGCCGCUGGAUGGUUCGACAAAGGACGCGUCGGCUAUCCCAUCGUCAAACCUGGUGCCAACUGUGGCUAUGGGAAAGUUGGCAUCAUCGACUAUGGAUACAGGCUGAACAAAAGUGAGAGAUGGGACGUUUACUGCUACAACCCACACUCCAAGGAGUGUGGUGGUGUUCUGACGGAGCAGCAGAAGAUCAUUCAGUCUCCAGGUUUCCCUGAGGAGUAUGAGAACGAGCAGAUCUGCUACUGGCACAUCCGAGUCAGAGCCGGUCAGAAGAUUCUCCUCCACUUCCUGGAGCUCGACAUGGAGGACGACCCAUCAUGCAUGGCAGAUUACUUGGAGGUGUACGACAGCUAUGACGAUGUGUCGGGUUUUGCCGGGAGGUUCUGUGGUGAUUAUUUACCAGAUGACAUCAUCAGCACAGGAAAUGUCAUGACCCUGAAGUUUCUAUCUGACGCUUCAUUUACUGCCGGUGGAUUCCAGUUGGAGUAUGUGGCCUUUGAUGCAUCGCUCGGCCCACAGGUUCAGACCAACAACAUCACAGCUGCUCCUCUUAGCUGAUGUCACCAUGUUGCUCUAUGGAUGCUGAUUGUUGCCUGCAAUGAAGAAGUCUGUAUGGUUCUUUAAAUGAAUUAUUCUGUGAAAUAAACUCUCUUUUUUUAUAUCA